AUGCCUAUUAAUCCCUUCCACGAGGGCAGCGUCGCGCGCGUCGCCCCCGCAUCGAUCGAGGACCUCGAGGCCGGUGUCACCCUGAACACAACCUACGACGACGCCUGGGGCGCGGACGCCCCGAAGCCGAGGGAGCCCCAGUCCGACGACGAGGUGGUCCGCGUGCCGCACUUGGAAUUGAGGGCGCUGCCCGAGCCGGCGCCGUCCACAGGGAGAUCCUACGACACCGCGUCGACGCAGCGCCUGCCCUCGGCGCGACGGAAGCGCGAGCAGCGCGAGAAGGCGCGGGGCAAGCAUAGAGCUGCGCCGGCGUGCCGAUCCGUGGCGGGCGUGUCGCUGGCGCGGCGCAUGACCGGCGGGGCGUCGGCGCCGGCGGCGCCGCCCGCGCCGCCGCCCGCGCCGCACCAAUCCCCCAAAAGCGGCUUGGCGGCGCGACUCGCGCGCCAGAGCGACGAUAUUCUACAAAGUGAGACGGCUCUCGACGCCGUCGCAACAGCCCAGCCCCUCUCGCCGUCGGCGCUGCGCUGCCAGGUCGCUGGCGACAAGCACGCGCGGAUGGAACGAAAGAAGGCUGCGCGACGACGAAAACGUGAGCGUCAGGCGUAA